GUAAUAAUUUGCUAUAAUUCAUGAAAUUUUUAUUUUAGAUUAGUAGGAAGUAGUAUGGAAUUAUUAGAUGGAUGCUUUUCUGUAAGAGCAUUGACAGAAGAGAAGGAUAAUUUAAAGACUGCAGCUCUUGAAAUGGCUACUCAAAUGUUGACCCUUCCUACGCCUCCUGCAGUACAUCAGCAUGUGAAAGCAUUACUUGCUGUUCUUCAUAAUAAUAGGACUGCAUAUAGUAACCAUAAAGAUCAAGCUCUUUUGAAUUAUGUAUUACAAUGUCUUAAUUGUGAAGGAAAACCUUCUGAAGAAAUGGAUGGUGAAGCCUUUUAUCGCUUGAUCUCAAUAGCUAGAGGUGUUGCUGUUUCUCGUCCAUCAAAUUUAGUCAGAUUUGCAGAAUCACAGGAUCAAACAUUAGUAGAUGAAACUAGUGAAGGAGGUAAAAUAUAUUUUAAAACAUUUAAAAUAAUAUAUCAAAAUUUUUAAUUCAGAUAACUCUCUUACUUUAUUCUAAUUCAUUUAGUUUUAAUAAUAAAUUUUUUACUGAGAUUCACUUUAACAGGAAUUUGAACCAAUAUCAUUAUAAAAAUUUUCAUAAAAUAGAAAACAAUAAUAAUUUAAAAUAGUGCAGACACACUAAAUAAUAGCUAGCAUCUUAAUAUUCAGCUUGAAACACUAUAGGAAAUUUGCAUAAUGCAAAAAAUAAGUCUUCCACAAAUGCCAGUCUCCAUGCCAGUAUUAGUUUUGGAUCCAUCUGUGUACCAGACUAAAUCCUGUGGAUGAAAGGUCACCCUACCCCUAAUUCCAGUCAAAGAAACUAGGAAAGUAGACCAAAUAAUGCUUGUCAAAUUUAAACCAAGGUAACAUUUUGUCAGAAUUAAUAAAGAUGUCUUCCUUCAAAAUGUCUCUCAGUAGAGACAAUUGAUCAAAAGAGCAUGCUCUGAAAGUAAGCUGACCAUUACACUUCAGCCUGUAAAGGAUCCUUCUUUCUUCUGUGUGUGAAUAGGUAAAGGAAGAAAGGUUUAAUACAACCUCGAGAACUACCUAGGAU